CUCGGGCGGGCGCGGGGCGCAGAGGCGGCGGCGGCGGCGGGGACGCAGGGCCGGGCCGGGCCGGGCCGGGCGCGCAGCAGGGGCGGCGGCAGCGGCAACGGCAGCGGCGGCGGCAUCGUCGCCCCAGAGCGGGCGCAGGGUUCACCACCCUCAGACUGUGGACCGACAGCAGCCAAGGGGACAGAAUUGAACUUCGUCACACAGUCCCCAGAGCCAGCAAGACAUGGGCCCCAUUGUACAACUUCUGGCACCCCUGAUGUGACUAGAAGACGUGGACGGGAGCUUUCCCGACCAUGUAGAUGCCAGCCCCAGGGAGCAGCAUGGGCCCCAAUGAAUGGAGACUCCUGGGUCAACAACCCUGAGCCUCUGUGGCCCCUGGACCUCACCCCCUUCCUGGGGACACUCCUCAGAGCUCUCCAGUGCUGUUGCCAGCCCACCUCAGCCAUCACCACCUCCUGGGAUUCGGAGUCGGCCGCCUCGAGCUACUAUCCUCUGGUGAGGGUGUACUGAGGACAGCCACACACAGCCGUCACCCGGAAGCCCCUUUUCCAGUGCUGACCCUCAGGUCCAGCCUGAGCAGAGACUUCGGCAAACAUGGGUGAUAUGACCAACAGCGACUUUUACUCCAAAAACCAAAGAAAUGAGUCGAGCCAUGGAGGCGAGUUCGGGUGCACCAUGGAGGAGCUGCGCUCCCUCAUGGAGCUGCGGGGAACCGAGGCUGUGGUCAAGAUCAAAGAGACAUACGGGGACACUGAAGCCAUCUGCCGGCGCCUCAAAACCUCGCCCGUUGAAGGUUUGCCAGGCACUGCUCCAGACCUGGAAAAGAGGAAACAGAUUUUUGGGCAAAACUUCAUACCUCCAAAGAAGCCAAAAACCUUCCUGCAGCUGGUAUGGGAAGCGCUGCAGGACGUGACGCUCAUCAUCCUGGAGAUAGCAGCCAUCAUCUCCCUGGGACUGUCCUUCUACCACCCACCCGGAGAGAGCAACGAAGGAUGUGCCACGGCCCAGGGUGGGGCAGAGGAUGAAGGUGAGGCAGAAGCAGGCUGGAUUGAGGGGGCCGCCAUCCUGCUGUCGGUCAUCUGCGUGGUCCUGGUCACAGCCUUCAAUGACUGGAGUAAGGAGAAACAGUUCCGGGGCCUGCAGAGCCGCAUCGAGCAGGAGCAGAAGUUCACCGUGGUCCGGGCCGGCCAGGUGGUCCAGAUCCCUGUGGCUGAGAUCGUGGUCGGGGACAUUGCCCAGAUCAAAUAUGGUGACCUCCUUCCUGCCGAUGGCCUCUUCAUCCAGGGCAAUGACCUCAAGAUCGAUGAAAGUUCGCUCACAGGAGAGUCUGACCAGGUGCGCAAGUCUGUGGAUAAGGACCCCAUGCUGCUGUCAGGGACCCAUGUGAUGGAGGGCUCAGGACGGAUGGUAGUGACCGCUGUGGGUGUGAACUCUCAGACUGGCAUCAUAUUUACCCUGCUGGGGGCUGGAGGUGAAGAGGAAGAAAAGAAAGACAAAAAAGGUAAAAUGCAGGAUGGCAGUGCCGACAGCAGCCAGAGCAAAGCCAAGCAGCAGGAUGGGGCAGCUGCAAUGGAGAUGCAGCCCCUGAAGAGCGCAGAGGGUGGCGACGCGGACGACAAGAAGAAAGCCAACAUGCACAAGAAAGAGAAGUCGGUGCUUCAGGGCAAGCUCACCAAGCUGGCUGUGCAGAUCGGCAAGGCGGGCCUGGUGAUGUCAGCCAUCACAGUAAUCAUCCUGGUGCUCUACUUCACCGUGGACACCUUCGUGGUCAACAAGAAGCCGUGGCUGACAGAGUGCACGCCCGUCUACGUGCAGUACUUCGUCAAGUUCUUCAUCAUUGGCGUGACGGUGCUGGUGGUCGCUGUGCCCGAGGGCCUCCCUCUGGCUGUCACCAUCUCCCUGGCCUACUCUGUGAAGAAAAUGAUGAAGGACAACAACCUGGUACGCCACCUGGACGCCUGUGAGACCAUGGGCAAUGCCACGGCCAUCUGCUCAGACAAGACCGGCACGCUAACCACCAACCGCAUGACCGUGGUCCAGGCCUAUGUUGGCGAUGUCCACUACAAGGAGAUCCCUGAUCCCAGCUCUAUCAAUGCUAAAACCAUGGAGCUGCUGGUCAACGCCAUCGCCAUCAACAGCGCCUACACCACCAAGAUCCUGCCCCCGGAAAAGGAGGGUGCCCUGCCCCGGCAGGUGGGCAACAAGACUGAAUGUGGCCUGCUGGGCUUCGUGCUGGACUUGAAGCAGGACUACGAGCCGGUGCGCAGCCAGAUGCCAGAAGAGAAGCUGUAUAAGGUGUACACCUUCAACUCCGUGCGCAAGUCCAUGAGCACCGUCAUCAAGAUGCCCGACGAGAGCUUCCGCAUGUACAGCAAGGGUGCCUCCGAGAUCGUGCUCAAAAAGUGCUGCAAGAUCCUUAGUGGGGCAGGGGAGCCCCGUGUCUUCCGGCCCCGUGACAGAGAUGAGAUGGUAAAGAAGGUGAUCGAGCCCAUGGCCUGUGACGGGCUCCGCACCAUCUGUGUGGCCUACCGUGACUUCCCCAGCAGCCCUGAGCCCGACUGGGACAACGAGAAUGACAUCCUCAGUGAACUCACAUGCAUCUGCGUGGUGGGCAUUGAAGACCCAGUGCGACCUGAGGUCCCAGAAGCCAUCCGCAAGUGCCAGCGGGCAGGAAUCACAGUCCGCAUGGUCACUGGUGACAAUAUCAACACAGCCCGGGCCAUUGCCAUCAAAUGUGGCAUUAUCCACCCUGGGGAGGAUUUCCUGUGCUUGGAGGGCAAAGAGUUCAACCGGAGGAUCCGCAAUGAGAAGGGGGAGAUUGAGCAGGAGCGGAUUGACAAGAUCUGGCCAAAGCUGAGAGUGCUGGCUCGCUCCUCGCCCACGGAUAAGCACACGCUGGUUAAAGGCAUCAUUGACAGCACACACACUGAGCAGCGGCAGGUGGUGGCUGUGACAGGUGAUGGGACCAACGAUGGACCUGCUCUCAAGAAGGCCGAUGUGGGCUUCGCAAUGGGCAUCGCAGGCACAGAUGUGGCCAAGGAGGCCUCAGACAUCAUCCUGACGGACGACAACUUCAGUAGCAUCGUCAAGGCAGUGAUGUGGGGCCGGAACGUCUACGACAGCAUAUCCAAGUUCCUGCAGUUCCAGCUGACGGUCAACGUGGUGGCUGUGAUCGUGGCCUUCACAGGUGCCUGCAUCACACAGGAUUCCCCUCUCAAGGCCGUGCAGAUGCUUUGGGUGAACCUCAUCAUGGACACGUUUGCCUCCCUGGCCCUGGCCACGGAGCCGCCCACCGAGACUCUGCUCCUGAGGAAACCUUACGGCCGCAACAAGCCACUCAUCUCGCGGACCAUGAUGAAGAACAUCCUGGGCCAUGCCGUUUACCAGCUCACACUCAUCUUCACCCUGCUCUUCGUGGGUGAAAAGAUGUUCCAGAUCGACAGUGGGAGGAACGCGCCCCUGCACUCACCCCCCUCGGAACACUACACCAUCAUCUUCAACACCUUCGUCAUGAUGCAGCUUUUCAAUGAGAUCAACGCCCGCAAGAUCCAUGGCGAGCGCAACGUCUUUGACGGCAUCUUCCGGAACCCUAUCUUCUGCACCAUCGUUCUGGGCACGUUUGCCAUCCAGAUAGUGAUUGUGCAGUUUGGUGGGAAGCCCUUCAGCUGCUCUCCACUCCAGCUGGACCAGUGGAUGUGGUGUAUCUUCAUCGGCCUGGGAGAGCUCGUCUGGGGCCAGGUCAUUGCCACCAUCCCUACCAGCAGACUCAAGUUCCUGAAGGAGGCGGGGCGGCUCACGCAAAAGGAAGAGAUUCCUGAGGAGGAGUUAAAUGAAGACGUGGAGGAGAUAGACCACGCAGAGCGGGAGCUUCGCCGUGGCCAGAUCCUGUGGUUCCGGGGCCUGAAUCGGAUCCAGACACAGAUUGAAGUAGUCAAUACUUUCAAGAGCGGGGCCUCCUUCCAGGGGGCCCUGCGGAGACAGUCCUCCGUCACCAGCCAGAGCCAGGACGUAGCCAGUCUCUCUAGCCCUAGUCGCGUGUCGUUAUCCAAUGCUCUUUCCUCUCCGACCAGCCUUCCUCCUGCUGCAGCUGGGCGUGAAGGGCUAGAGAACCCUGGACACAGAGUUCAGCAAGAGAGAGUGAAAUUAAAAGAGAUCCGCGUCGUGAAGGCGUUCCGUAGCUCUCUCUAUGAAGGGUUAGAAAAACCCGAGUCUCGAACCUCCAUCCAUAACUUCAUGGCUCAUCCUGAAUUCCGGAUCGAAGAUUCCCAGCCUCACAUACCCCUCAUCGAUGACACCGACCUGGAAGAAGAUGCCGCGCUCAAGCAGAACUCGAGCCCGCCGUCCUCGCUCAACAAGAACAACAGCGCCAUCGACAGCGGGAUCAACCUGACGACCGACACGAGCAAAUCAGCUACCUCUUCAAGUCCAGGGAGCCCCAUCCACAGCCUGGAGACGUCGCUUUAGCUGAGGCCCCUGUCGCCUGGCCACCCUCAUGGACCUGCCGCCAUCCGCCUCCGGGCGCACACCCUUCCAGGCACCGACUCCCCGAUGCAGCAAGGAGCACUGGGCAGAACACACACAGCAGAAAGAGAACCCGGUUCCACCCACAGACCCUUUCUCUGGCUGCCAUGCUGUUUGAACUCUUUUUCACUCCUAGGUCAUGGGCAGGGUUGCCCUGGGGUCAUCUGGAGCAGAGAGUGGCGUGGGUUUUGUUUUGCUUUUGUUUUUCAAAAAAUAAUAAUAAUUAAUUAACUAAUUAAUUAUUUAAAAAAAAAAAAAAGAGCCCUUCCAGGCUCCAACCCAGACACCAGACACGGACCAGCCAUGCACCCGCCAGCCACUACGUCCCCAGCAUGAAUGUACCUGGACACUUUCAGUCCCCUCUCUCAUUUGGUUCUUGGAGGGUUGGGGAGGGGAUGUUUUUGUUUGUUUUCUUAGGCGGGAACUGCAAACAGACUGCUGUUCAUUCAGUUCACUGGUCUGUGAGGUUUCAAAUGCUUGCCCAGCAUGGUCUCAGAUGUCUAGAUUAAUUUAAUAACUUUUUGAAAUCACAGAGUAGGUUUGCACCAAUGGAACCCAAGAACUCCAUGGACACUCAUGAGGUUAUAUCCGUUUCUUUGUAUCUAUAUCAACGUAUACUUCUUGGAGACUGUAUACGUGUAUAUAGAUAAGUAGAUAUUAUAUAUAUACAUAUAUAUAUAUACAUGGAUAUAUAAAGUUCCUUUGCCGGCAUGUUGCCUUGUUUCUGCUUAAAUUGCUCUAUUUUAACUUAUGUCCUAAAAGAAGAAUGUAAUUUGUUUACAAACCUGUAGAUAACGUCUUUGGAUAUUUGUGUGGUUUAAGGACACUGGUGGCUAAGAUGCUUAUGAACAGCUCGGCCCAACAGACACAUCCCCCUGGAUUGCAUCCUUGAAGAUUUACAAUAGCCAUGCUCUGAUUUUUGCCUGCUAUUUCCGUUCAAUAACGUCACUACUGUGGGAAGCUCAGGCAGAAAGCCAAUGGCUCCCAAGGAUCCAUCCUGAGGAGCUAAGCAACACGCUCCACCGUAGACGAGGGAGAAGAGGAGAGAAGGCUUCCCGGGUUUGCCACACGCCCGACCAUCCAGGUCCGAGACGCCAGCGUCUGUAGUGCACCGGUAGAAGGCUUUUCUCUCAAUGAAACUCGCUUGAGUUUACAGAGAGCAUUUCAGAACUGAGUUGUCUUUGGCGCUGUCUGUGACUCGAGGUAGUGUUCACAUAUUACAAAUGCUAUUGUGUUGAUUUUUUUUUUAGUUAGUAAUUUAAACAUUUCUUUCCUUAUAUAUGGCAGCAUAGGCACUGCCGACAUACUGGAUGAGGGUCGGUACGGCUUGCUGCUUUUGUUUUUUUCUUUUUGAAGAAUAGCCUUUUUUCUCUGCACUAUUUAGAUCCGAAUGAACCUUAUGAUGUGUACAUUGAGAUGUAUUCAGUGUGAUUUUUAAACCAAAUUGUCUUCCUGUAGUCACAAUAUAUACUGUAGCCUUUUAACAGCAAGCCCUGCUUUCCCAGACAGAAAGCCAUUCUGAUAUCUUCCCAUAUCACAGGUGAGAAAAGGUGGCUAUUCCCUCCCCAACAAUAACAGCACUAGUAGUCCCACUCAAUAAGAGCUUGUCUGUCGGCCUCUUAACUGCUAAGCACUUUGUGGGUCUCAGCUUUUUUUCAUAAAAGAACUUUUGUAUUUAAUACAAAGUUUGCUUUGAGACUUUUCAGCAUACAAUCUUUUUCCAUAAACUUGUACAGUGCAAAAGACAUUUUGAAUACCAUGAUCGAUGAUGUCCCGUGCUUCGAGUGAAACCAAACACUUCCCGUCUCACUUGUGAACGCCAUCCUUCACCCCACCUUCCCACAAUUGCUCCUCGCUCCUCAGUCUGGCCCCCAGCCCUCCUCCAGGCCCAGAGACCUCUUCACUAAACAAGAUGACAGCCACUUGGGAAAAGAGCCAUAGUCAGCUGGGAGGGCCCACGUCUGGAUGGCUGUGGAAAAAACUUGAGUUUUGGUUUGGGGUUCAAAGUUCGCCCAUCCCACCUGGCCACAAUCUUUCUGUCAGGAAGAAUGUCUUGAAGGAAUCUGAGUGUUUCCAGGAGAGAGAGCUGCCUCUCCAGCAAUGGUGGACCAGCCCUAGAUGUACUGCUGGAUUCCAUACAGACACCAUCAGAGCCAGCCCACAGUACCCCUCCAAGGAGGGAAAGGAAAUCUGGGGCAGCCUUGGAACAGGAUAGAUUUUUGGUUUGGAGUUUGUCGUUGUUAUUGUUGUUUGGUUGUUUUUUUUUUAAGGGGGGACUCCUUUGUCACAUUUUUCAUCCUGCCCUCCAUUCAGUCAUGCCUCUGUGACCUCAUUCCAUGCCACCAGGGUCCUUGGGCUUCGCAGCCAGGCCUCAAGGGCAAGCAGGAAGAGGUUCUCAGAGUAGAGCCAGUUUCUCCAACAGGGAGCAGAGGAAAGUAACAAGGAGGCCCAACAUUAGCAUCAGCUUCCCGGUGUCAGGAAUGAGGGGCAGCUCUAUGCCCUUCACCCUCACGCUCACCCUCAGUCAUCCACACACGCAUACACCUACACAGGAGAUGGUUGGUUUAUCAGAACCCACUGUAGUACACAAAGCUUGCACUUCAGCGUCCUAUAUCUAGCAGCAUGGGGUACGUUUGGCAGUUCACCCCAUUAGGGGGUCAAUAAUUUAUGACCAUUCAUCUGUUUUUAUGAAUUUUUUUAUCUAGACAAUAAUUGUAAAUAAAGAAUUCACCGUCUCUGCUCAUUUAAUACUA